AUGGCCGAGAGCAAGUGUCCUCAUCUCAACGUCGCUGGUGGCGGCACCCGAAACCGUGACUGGUGGCCCGAGUCCGUCAAGCUCAACAUCCUCCGCCAAAACACUUCCGUCACCAACCCUCUCGGCGAGGAGUUUGACUAUGUCGCCGCUUUCAAGACCCUCGACUACGAGGGCCUCAAGAAGGACCUCACUGCCCUCAUGACCGACUCCCAGGAGUGGUGGCCCGCCGACUUUAACCACUAUGGCGGUCUCUUCAUCAGAAUGGCUUGGCACAGUUCCGGCACCUACCGGGUUUUCGACGGCCGUGGCGGCGGUGGCCAGGCUCAGCAACGAUUUGCUCCCCUCAACAGCUGGCCCGACAAUGUCAGUCUGGACAAGGCUAGACGUCUGCUCUGGCCCAUCAAGCAAAAGUACGGCAACAAGAUCUCCUGGGCUGAUCUCCUGAUCCUCACGGGCAACGUUGCCCUCGAGUCCAUGGGCUUCAAGACGUACGGCUUCGCUGGAGGCCGUGUCGAUGGCUGGGAAGCCGACGAGUCCGUCUUCUGGGGUGGCGAGACCACCUGGCUCGGCAACAACGUUCGUUACAACGACAACAAGGACGCCCAGAAGCGUGAUCUCGAGUCUCCUCUGGCCGCCUCCCACAUGGGUCUCAUUUACGUCAACCCCGAGGGUCCCGAUGGAAACCCUGACCCCGUUGCCGCUGCUCGCGACAUCCGCACGACCUUUGGCCGCAUGGCCAUGAACGACGAGGAGACUGUGGCUCUGAUUGCUGGAGGCCACACCUUUGGCAAGACUCACGGUGCCGGUCCUGCCACCAACGUUGGCAAGGAGCCCGAUGGCGCCGGCCUUGAGCAGCAGGGUCUGGGCUGGAAGAGCACCUACGGUGCCGGCAAGGGGCCCGAUACCAUCACCAGCGGCCUCGAGGUCAUCUGGACCAAGACGCCCGCCCAAUGGAGCCACAACUUCUUCGAGUACCUUUUCAAGUACGACUGGGAGCUCACCAAGAGCCCUGCCGGCGCCAACCAGUGGGUUGCCAAGACCAACGACGAGAUCAUCCCCGAUGCCUACGAUGCCAACAAGAAGCACAAGCCCAGAAUGUUGACCACUGACUUGUCGCUGCGCUUCGACCCCGCGUACGAGAAGAUCUCGCGUCGCUUCCUCGAGAACCCCGACCAGUUCGCCGAUGCCUUUGCUCGCGCCUGGUUCAAGCUCACCCACCGUGACAUGGGCCCCAAGACUCUCUACGUCGGACCCGAGGCUCCCACUGAGGACCUCAUCUGGCAGGACCCCAUUCCCCCCGUCAACUACCAAUUGAUUGACGACAAGGAUGCCGCCGCCAUCAAGGAGGAGAUCCUCAAGUCUGGCAUCGACACGUCCAAGCUCGUGUCCACUGCCUGGGCCUCCGCUUCCACAUUCCGUGGCAGCGACAAGCGAGGUGGCGCCAAUGGUGCCCGAAUCCGCCUGUCGCCCCAGAAGGACUGGAAGGUCAACAACCCUUCUCAGCUGUCCCAGGUCCUUGCCACCUUGGAAGACAUCCAGAAGCGCUUCAACCAGUCUGGAAAGACGGUUUCUCUUGCCGACGUCAUCGUUUUGGCCGGUGUCGCCGGUGUCGAAAAGGCUGCUCGUGACGCUGGUGUUAACAUCACCGUGCCCUUCACCCCUGGCCGCAACGACGCCACCCAGGAGCAGACUGACGUGGAGUCUGUUGGCUAUCUUGAGCCCCUGGCUGAUGGCUUCCGCAAUUACGGCACGUCGCAUGGCACUGUCAAGCAGGAGCACCUGCUGGUUGACCGCGCCCACUUGCUUAGCCUCUCCGCCCCCGAGCUCACAGUUCUCAUUGGUGGUCUGCGUGCCCUGAACACCAACUACGACGGCUCUGCUCUUGGCGUCUUCACAUCUCGCCCUGGUGUCCUAACCAACGACUUCUUUGUCAACCUCUUGGACAACAACACCGAGUGGAAGGCUACCGGCGAGGACACCUUUGAGGGCGUUGACCGCAAGACGGGUGCCAAGAAGUGGAUCGCCUCUCGCAACGAUCUCAUCCUUGGCGCCCACCCUGAGCUGCGCGCCGUCUCAGAGGUUUACGGCAGCGCUGAUGGAGCCCAGAAGUUCGUCAGGGACUUCGUUGCCGCUUGGGACAAGGUGAUGAACUUGGACCGGUUCGAUCUCAAGAAGGGAAACAAGACGGCCGCUCGCCUGUAG